AUCAAAUCCAUGUUGCAAGCUGGUUAUUCGUUUUCUGCCAUCAUACAGCGUAUUCCUGGAGUCAAGAAAACCACAAUUGCUGACUAUAAAAGGAAGUUUUUCCCUGAUAUCGUAGGCGGUGCACCUGGUCGCAAGUCUGUUAUUGUUGUAUAUGUUAUCAGUGCUACAACCCGUAGCUACAUUCGGAAGCAGCUUGUUUUGGGUAAUACAGUGACUCACAAAACUGUUCACAUGUUU